UCCCUUUCUAUCUCUAGGCAGGUUGCUUGUUAGGGGGAUGCUCUGCUGCUUCGGCACCCCCGCGCGCUCUGCUCAACCUGCUCCUCUUCCGCGUGACCAGUCCGUAGUGAUGGCCAGCAACAGCGCCAACAACUUUCCCGCGGCCGGCGAGGGGGGAGCGGACCGUGCCUUGGGUUCCCAGCAACGCCGCGUACGCCGCCGCUGCCGCCGUUCCGCCCAGGUCACCGAAGAAAGGGAGGGUCCCGGCGUGGUACUUGCCGCCCGGUGGCGCGGGGCGUACGGGGCGGCUGGGAUGUUGGGGAGCUACCGGACGAUCAUGGAGGAGAAGGUGUCGCUGCACCCGUCCUUCUUUACUUGGGCUGACGGCUCGCGCAUGCACUUAUUCGCCGUCUUUGACGGCCACGGUGGCCCCGAGGUGUCAGCGCUGUGCAGGGACCAUAUGCACGCAAUCCUGGCGGACGAGCUGGCCCGCGCAGCCGCAGCCUACCGAAAGGAGGACCAGCAGGACGAAGAGGCGGAACAUCGCGCCUGGAAGGCCGCACUGACGCGGAGCUUCGUGCGGGCUGACGAGCUGGGGGCGUCGGGGGUGCCCCGCGGCACCAUCGGUGGGUCCACGGCCGUGGUGGCGCUCUUGGUCCGCGGCCGCAUUAUGGCCAACUGCGGCGACUCCCGCACCGUGCUCUGCCGCGCCCGCCGCGCCGUCCCGCUCUCCGAGGACCACAGGCUGGACCGACCGGAGGAGAUGGCGCGUGUCACGGCGGCGGGCGGCGUGGUGUUCAACUACGGCGGGGUGCUUCGCGUGCAGGGGAUCCUUGCCAAGACGCGCGCGUUAGGGCACACGCUCCUCAAGCCUGAAGUGAUAUGUGAGCCCGAGAUUACCAUAACUGCGAGGUCGGAGGAUGAUGAUUUCAUGAUCCUUGCAAGUGAUGGACUGUGGGAUGUGAUGUCAAACCAGGUGGCCUGCAGCGCUGCCUGGAAAUGCUUAGAAGAUAAGAGCUCCAAUGUUGGCAUAGUGGUUGGCCACGAGGAAGAGGUUCGGUGUAUACGCGCUGCGUUCGAGCUCACGAAUCUUGCCUUCCGCAUGCAUAGCCGAGAUGACAUAUGUGUGGUUGUGAUUGAUCUGAAGAUGAGGGGUUAGCUACAAAGAUCAGAUCACCAUCCCUAUAAGUUACAGCUUUGACCUGAUUGGAAGUCAGCUCUAUGCAAUGUUGGCAAAGCAAAAGCUCUAUUGAUUGAGCUCUUAGCUCUCUAGCUAGUUGGUUGGUUUUAUGUUCAAUAAAAAAGAGUCUGCAGAAUAACUGGUAAUAUGGAUGGAUAAAGAAUUGCCAUGGAGAGAAAAUAGAGUGUGAU